AUUGAAUUUGUUCAGUGUGAUCGAGGCGGCGCCACAUCCUUGCAUCCCUGAAGGCGCAAUUUUGCAAGGGAGUACGUAAUAAUGUUCUUAGAGCGCUUUCAAGAAGCAAUUUUCAGCUCAUGCAAAAUGGAAGAAGAGAAAGCAGCUGCUCUAUAUGAGUCCCUCAGUCGACAGGGCCUAGGGGCCGCGCGGUUCAAGCAGGGGUUGGGGUUCGGCGGCGGGGGUGGAUUCGAUGCAGGCGGCCCGGAUUCUCCUGCAGCUCCUAUUGCAUUCAAAAAAGCGGGGGCUGACUUCAGCUCUGAAAUCGAAAAUGCUGAGAAGCAGCGGAAUGAGGAUGAUGCUGUGUGGUCAGCAAAAAGGAAUGCACAUGAGAGCGCAAGAGUGGUGCGGAGCAUUGCAGAUAAGUUGAGCGGGAGGCGCAGCAGACGGGAUGAUGGUGAGAGAAAAAGGGGUCAUGAUAGUGACUCUGAGGAAGAAAGGGGUGUGAAGCGGUCUAUUCGCAGGGGAAGGAGUCCUGAUUCGGAGGGAGAAGAUCACCGAAGGCGGCAGGAUAGUGCGUCUCCUAGGAUAUUCAGGAGUUCCCCUGAGGGCCCUGUUGAGAGAAAACAUGAGAGUCGGAGGGAAAGGAGUCCCAGUCAUGGAGGUAGCGAUGAGGAGGACAGGGCCCGGGAGAGGCGCAUUGCAGAGAGACGGAAGAAAGAAAGGAAAGAAGAAGGAAAGUCUGGCAGGUCUGGUGCUGAUAAAAGAGAGAGUGACAGAGGUUCUCAUAGGGAAGGAAGGUCAGAAGACCGUCAGAGGAGGGGGGAGGAGAGACCUCAAAGAGUUGACACCAGAAGGAGGUCGAGGAGUCGGAGCAGGGAGAGGGAGAGGCGUGGUGUCAGUAACAGGGGCUCGGACGGGCGGAGGGAUAGGAGGGAGGAUGAGCGGCGAAACGAACGGAGUGAUAGGGAAAGGAGGCGAGAGGAACCUCUGGAAAGAUCCAGCGACAGGGACCAUCGCAGGCACGCAGAGAGAAGCUCUAGACGGGAGCGAAGCCCCGGCAGAGGGAGGGACGCGGCCCGACAGGCUGUCAAAGUGAAGGCGAAGGAUGAUGUCAUCGAUUACGCGGAGGUCAUCAGGGGCUACGAGAACAUGGGUGCUGCAGAGAAGCUUAAGGCUCGGACCAAGUAUGCGCUUUCUCAAACAGUACGGAAAGACUCUGCGAAGGGCGUAUCGACGGAGUGGGAGCGCUUCGACUUCGAUGCGGCGGCGCCGCUCGACGAGGACGCGCGGCAGGACAUGUACGGAGAUGACACCAAGGCGGGGGAUGACGCAGCUCAUCUCCUCAACACGGGCAGCACGUUCGGCAUCGCGAAGGCGCAGGCCGUCCGUGAGGCCGAGAAGCAGGCCGCCCACGACGCCGCCAUCUUCGGGCUGCCCGUCGACCGCUCGGGGGAUCCCGCUGUCCCGAGCACUAAGAUGCCCGAAAAGGCCCCGGUGUUUGUGCCCGGGGAUAGCGAGGAGGACGAGGAGGACCGCCCGGUGAUUGUUGAAGAGGAGCCGCAGGCGGAGGCGCAGCAACCGGAAACGAAGGCCGAGGCGCCAGUAAAGGCCGCUGUUCCGUCCUGGAAGGAGCGCGCUCUCAAGGCGCAGCAGGCAAGGAAGCAGGCGGCCGAGGCAGCGGAGGCCGCCGCCCCUAGUUAGCCAGUCCAGACCCCACCUGACGCCGAAGGGCACAACGCUGACAGUGGAGGCAAGGAAAGCACCCGUUGACUACGAGGAGCUGCGCAAGCAACAGGAGCAUAGUAUUGGUGCUUACAUGUCCCCAUCAGUCCUUCAUUUCCUUGCUGCAAUUGGGACCUACUUCAAAGCGAACAGGAUGUACCGCGUUUACAAAGGAGUGUCGAACAAGCGAGUGAUUGGGAAUAUCUUCAAGAAAGCGCCGCAAAAUCGUGAAGUGGGUGCGCUCGUAGUGGGAAAAGGCAGGCUGAUCUUGUUCGUACAAUGCCGUAGAACAACUCCCGGGCAUCAGGAUUUGCGAAUGUAUAGAGCUUGUACGAUGUGCCGCUUGUGAUGGCUCAAAUUCUUAAGGCUUUACUUGCUAUGGUGGACUGCCUCCCCUUGAAGGAAGUUUGACGAGAGUAUGACAUGUGUUACCCAGACCGGGCC